CUCCCAGAGGACACGCCUGGGGCCCCAUGCCAGAUUUCUGCCUGCCACCACACCCCACAAGUGACCCCGACAUGCCCUCCCCAGCCCUCCUCAGGCCCAGAGGGUCCAGCUGGGGACCGAGUCCUGUCCAGACGCCAUGUGGGAGGAAGUGGAAAUAGAGGUCAGUCGGGGCUGGGCGGGUCCCCAUGAGGCACCCAAAGCAGAGCAGGUCUGGCUCUGGCCUGAGCUGGAGGGGAGACUGAUCACAUGCACCUUCUUGGCGGGGUGCCCUUUACCUUCUGAUCUCAAAGUGGCGGUGGACCCAUGCCAAGGGCCUUGGCCUCAUCCGCAGGCUUCCUUGGGGCCACCAGAGUUGGGGACGAAGUGGCCAGCCCCUCCCUUCCUUCAUGCCUGACCCCAUGUGUGUUUGCUGCCCCGACUUCCUGCCUGGGCCACCGGAUCAUGGGACAGUCAGACAAUGAUAGAGAUGAUAAUGGCCAUGCCAAAUGACCAAACAAUUCACUGGCAUCAUCUCAUGAGAUCCCCACGCGCCUCUGAGAGGCUCAGAGUAACGGACAGCUCAGGAAAGCCAGGAAGUGGCCAGGACAGACAUCAGCCCAGGCCUGGCCAAUCCCCAGAGCCCAUGCUCCGGUCCCCGCCCCCUCCCGGCCUGCCUCUCUUGGUGAGAAAGGGCCCGGACCCCUGGGCUGGCUCCCUCUCUUCUCCCAGCCCCCAGCAGGCAUGGAUUUGAGCCUGGCUUUGUUCGAACCAUAGGUACCAUAGGCGUGAGCAAGAGAGCACAAGUUCCAUCCACGUUGAGCCUCAUCCCUGUAGCCAGGCUGUGUGCCCGCGUGUAUGGGCCUCCUCAAACUCUGACCCGGUCCUGGGAGGCAGCCCAUAGCCGUUUGCUUUACAGAGGAGGAGACAGAGGCUCAGAGAGGCCCCCAGCUUGUGAGAGGAAGGUCUGAGCUGGGUGUGCCUGACUCCAAAGCCCGUGCUCACCACCACUCCCCAGUGGCCGGCUCUUGGGAGGCCUCUGUGACCACUGGGCCGCAGCCCCACCGCACCCUCUGAGGCAAGGCCAGGAGCGCGUCCCCGGUGGGUUCAGCAGCUCCUGCCCAGUCGGGCUCCCUCUGCAGGUGGUCACAGAAUGGGGUGAGACGGGAGCACUGCCCAGUUCCCCACACCUUUCACAACCCAACCGAUGGCGCCAUGGAGCAGGAAGGAUUACAAAGAGGCCACAGGAAGCUCUGACGCUGCGGGGGAGGGUGGGGGCAGGAGGGUUCUGCAGAGCCUGGGACCAGAGGACACACGGCCACAGGGCUCCCUCCAGAGUGGACAAGGCUGGCCAAGGAUGGUGCCGCCCAGGGCCCUGGGGGCACUGCUUCUCUUGCUCCUCCUGCUCCUGGCCUCAGGUGAGAAAGAUUUCAAGAACAAAUCUGAGCAAACAGCACAGUAUGAGGAGCCCAGGAACGUCUGCCUGGGGCUUGUCAAUAAGGACCAUUACGAUCCCUUUGAGCUGAUGAGCACUGCAAAGUGCUUCAACAACUGCGCGCAGCUGGGGAGCGCCUCCUGUCAUCUGGGUAACUUGCAGAGAUACUGGUUGGACUACGAGACCUAUCUGGUGGAGAGGAGUCUGAGGGGGAUGGUGGAUUUGCCUUUUCUGAAGGCUUUUGUCAAGAACGUCAGCACCAGCAUCGCAGAAGACCUGCACUUCUCUCUGAACCUCUCUCAGAUUCCGGGGCAGAUGACGGAGGACAAGCACCAGUUCCCCGCCAGAGUCCGGCUGCCCAGGAGCCUGUUCGCCUCCCUGCAGGGCAGCAGGCCGGUGGUCCCCUUGGCCGUAUCUGUGCUGGACGUCGGCCCGGGGAACCUCUUCAAGGGCCCCCAGCUCAGCCUGGAGGACGAGGGCAGCGUGGUGAACAACCGCCUGGUGGGCUUGAGUUUGGGCCGGAUGCGUGUCACGGCGCUGCCGGAGCCUGUGGAGAUCAACUUCUCGCACCCACGCCAGCCUCCGAACAUGACCCUCACCUGUGUAUUCUGGGAUGUGACUAAAGGGUCAACAGGAGACUGGUCUUCGGAGGGCUGCUCCACGGAGCCCGGAGCGCAGGCGACAGUCUGCCGCUGUGACCACCUGACCUUCUUCGCCCUGCUGCUGAGGCCGACCCUGGACAAGGCCACUGCGCAGGUCCUCGUGCGAAUCUCCCAGGUUGGCUGUGGCGCCUCCAUGGUUUUCCUGGCCUUCACCAUUGUCUUCUACGUGGCCCUGAGGUUCUCCUGGAAGAGGUUCAAGUCAGAAGAUGCCCCUAAGAUCCACGUGGCCCUGAGCGUCAGCCUGUUUCUCGUGAACCUGGCCUUCUUCAUCGAUGUGGGGCAUGGCCCACAGGGGCCCCAUGCUGCCUGCGUGGCCCGGGGGGCCAUCUUCCACUACUUCCUGCUCUGUGUCUUCACCUGGAUGGUCCUGGAAUCCUUCCACCUCUACCUGCUCGUCAUCAGGGUCUUCAACACCUACUUCGGGCACUACUUCCUGAAGCUGAGCCUCGUGGGCUGGGGCCUGCCAGUCCUCAUGGUCAUCGGCACCUGGAGUGCCAGCAGCUAUGGCCUCUACACCAUCCAAGACCAGGACAACAGGACCUCACUGGAGCUGUGCUGGUUCCAGGAGAAAACUGCCCUCUACGCCACCGUCCACGGCUACUUCCUCGUCACCUUCCUCUUCAGCGCAGUGGUGCUGGGCCUGCUGGCCUGGAAGAUCUUCACUCUGUCGAGUGCCACGGCCGGCAAGGAGCAGCGGCAGCACUGGAAGGGGGUCCUCACCUUGCUGGGCCUCUCGAGCCUGGUGGGCAUGACCUGGGGGCUGGCCAUCCUCACGCCGCUGGGGCUGUCCACCAUCUACAUCUUCGCACUGUUCAACUCCUUACAAGGUGUCUUCAUCUUCUGCUGGUUCACCGUCCUCUACUUCCCGAGCCAGACCACCGUGUCCUCCUCCUCCGGCACCGCCCGGGCUGAGCAGACCCACACGGCGUCGCAAUGACAGGACUCGGCUCUGACCCACUGUGUGCACCUGGACAGCUCCCGGCCUCCCUCUGGGCCUCCGUCUCCACGUCUGUACAGUGUGGCUGGGGAGGGAGGGAGAGGGACGGGGCAACCACAUGAUCUCAGAGGUCCCACCCAGAUCGGCUCUGGUAUCAGAAUCCCCCAAUCCAGGACUGCAGGGGUUCAAGGUUCCCAUAACCCUGAGCCUCCUACCAGCACAGAACAGCACCCUCACCCCUGCUGCUCUGCACACCCCCACCCUCCACCCCACCCCACUCCA